AGGAUGCACAAGCUCAAGAGUAAGCAGUUCUAACAGAGACGGCCAGAAGACACCUGAGACUGAUCGCACUGAAUUAACACUGACAGCUGCUGCUGAGAGCCCUAUCAGACUUCAGUUUAACUUCUACCACAAUGGCCUCGUUGAACGUUACUCAUCCCUGGGAUGUCUCUUCGGACCUCAACCACAGCAGUUUCAAAUCCAACCUCACAGAAUUAGAGGACACACAACCUACGGAGAAGAACUGGCCAGCCCUGUUCAUUCUGGGGUUUAUUUUUUUUACUGUUGCUGGGAAUAUACUGGUAAUUAUGGCCGUGUCCAUCGAGAGAAAACUGCACAAUGCCACCAACUACUUCCUGUGCUCACUGGCCGUGGCAGACAUGCUGGUGGGAUUCCUAGUAAUGCCAGCCGCUCUAAUUACUAUUCUUUACAAUCACACCUGGCCUCUCCCUGAACUGCUGUGUCCCUUGUGGAUCUUCCUUGACGUGCUCUUCUCCACAGCCUCCAUCAUGCACCUGUGCGCCAUCUCUCUGGACCGCUAUAUCGGCAUCCGUAAUCCAAUCAAAUACAGCCAGAGCAACACACUUCACAAGACCAUGAUCAAAAUAAUCAGUGUCUGGACGGUUUCUGUAGUGUUGUCGCUGCCCAUUCCAGUAAUGGGUUUCCAGGACAAGAAGAAGGUGUUUGUAAACAGCACUUGCACCCUGAAUGAGCCUCGUUUCGUCCUUGUUGGCUCAUCCGUGGCCUUCUUCGUUCCUCUGGUCAUCAUGGUGGUCUGCUAUUACCUUACUCUCCAUCAUCUCCAGAGGCACAGCGCUUCCUUCCCUCAAGAGAGCAGCAAACAUUUAUCUGUUCAGAGAAGUGAAACAAGUCUGCUGAACAUCAAGUCCUCCUUCAACAAGCCUGCACAAGGUGCACGAAACAACAGCAGACGUGGCACGAUUCAGUCUUUGAACAAUGAGCGUCGAGCCUCCAAAGUCUUGGGGAUCGUCUUCUUUCUCUUCCUGGUCAUGUGGUGUCCGUUCUUCAUCACCAAUGUGCUGAUCGCCAUCUGUCAGGACAACUGCAGCGAGCUUCUCCAUGACCUCAUUCACUUUUUUGUCUGGGUGGGAUAUAUCUCCUCUGGAGUGAAUCCUCUGAUCUACACCCUUUUCAACAAGACGUAUCGACAAGCCUUCGCUCGGUAUCUAAGAUGUAAAUAUCAUUAAGCUGUGCCACAGAAGAAGUCCCAGGCCAUCUGAUGAUAUUGACAAAGUUACAGCUUAAUGGUUAAAACUGAUCAAUAAUUGACUGGUCGAUUAAUUCAGAAUUUGACAUGACAGAUUGUUUGUGAGUUUAAAAAAAUAAUAAUGUGUUGUUCCUGUGUAACAGGAUAUAACAAAAGUUUCCACAGAAGCACUGCCUUAUUUUGCAAGCUAUUUCUGUGAAUAUGCACAUAAUGAUAUGAGGUACACCUGUAAACACAUGUUCAGUGUAGCUUCUGUUGUUCUUGAGAUUUGUCUCUAAGAAGCACAAUCAGGAUUCUUUACUCGACUCAACUUUAUUUAUAAAGCACUUCCAACACCACAAGUGGAACAAAGUGCUGUACAGAAAGUAUAAAAGAGAAACAUAAAAACAAAAAACAGACAUAUGACAUACACACUUACAAAGCAAUACAUACUCAGGGGCUAGACCAUGCAGAGACUUAAAAACGUACAACAGCGCUUUGUAUUGAAUUCUGUAUCGUAUGGGUAACCAAUGUAGUUUAAUUAAAACUGGAGUAAUGUGUUCUCUCUUCUUAGUACCCGUUAAAAGUCUAACGGGAGAGAGAAGCCUGAUUAACACCGAGAUACAAUACAUUACAAUAAUCCAAACGUGAAGACACAAAGACGUGAACAACCUUCUCCAUAUAAUUAAAAGUAAGAAUAGAUUUCCAUUUAGAUAUUUAUCUAAGAUCAAAGAAACUAUUAUUAACAACAGCACUGAUUUGCUGCUCAAAUCUAAACUCGAAGAGUCAAAAAUGACUCCAAGGAUUCUCACGCUAGACCGUUUUUCCCAGGAAACAACCCCAGGCAGUCAUCGUCCACACACCCCUUAUUUCCGAAUAAAAUGAUCUCAGUCUUAUCCUCAUUUAAUUGGAGAAAGUUAUUUGCAAGCCAGCACUUAACUUCUGCCAAACAUGCAUGAAGAGACUGAAUGGCACUUUUAUGCUCAUGUUUCAGUGGUACAUAAAUUUGAGAAUCAUCUGCAUAAAGAUUAUACUGAAUCCCAAAUUUUUCAAAAGUAGAACUUAGAGGGAGCAUAUAAAGGGAAAAUAAAAUUGGUCCCAGUAUUGAGCCCUGUGGAACCCCACACACAAGGGGGGCAAUGGAAGAAAAAUAAUCCUCUAAGCUGACUGAAAGAGUCCUAUCCUUCAAAUAGGAAGAGAACCAUUUCAGGGCUAAGCCCUGAACACCAACCUGAUCCUUAAGACGAUCAAUGAGAAUGUUAUGAUCAACUGUAUCAAAUGCCGCUGUAAGAUCUAACAACAGCAAGACAACACGGUUUCCAGAAUCAACACCUCAUAGGAUAUCAUUAGACACCCUCAAAAGAGACGGUUCUGACCAACUCUAAAACCUGACUGGAAUCUAUCGAAGAUGUUAUUCCUAAUUAAAAAGUCAUUGAGCUGUGUGUGCACAAUUUUUUCUUUCACAAUUUUGAAAUCGGACGAAAACUACUCAUGUCAAAUGGGUCUAAGCUGUUUUUUUUUUAAAGGGGCUGAAUAACAGCGUGCUUAAAACUAGCCAGAACAACACCAGAUGACAAACUAAUAUUUAUAAUAGACAGAAUACUUGGGCCAAUCGAAUCAAGAACCUGCUUAAACAGAGAACAGGAGAGACAUUAAAAGCAGCUGAAAAACUACUCGCUGUACAUGGAUUGAGUAUGCGAGACGAAAUCGAGGCAGAAACAGUAUUACCCGGCGCAACACAAGGAAAGUUAGAAUUUAAAAUAACAGUCUUAUGGUCAGGAAAAACAGUAUCAACAAUCUUCACGCUAUCAAUAGAAAAUCCCAAGGAUAAUACAAGGUCAAGCGUAUGACCACGUUCAUGAGUUGGACCCGAAACACAUUUCAAAAAAAUCAAACUACUCAAUCAAACUAAUUUACUAAAUGUAAAUUUUACUCUCCAAUGGAAAACCUGAAACAAGAGCAUUUUGAAUCACUCUCUACAAUUAUUUUGCAACUGCACCUUCGGGACUCGUGAAGCGUCGGUCAGAUGGUUUUGACUGCAAGAACAAAGCAAACAUUAACUAUUUCCUACUGAUAUAGAGCACUGACCAAACAGAUUCCUUGCACUGUUUUCUUUCCUUUAUCGCACAGCAUGUUUUAACUGCACAGAUACUGCUGUAGACUGUUUGUGUUACACUUGGGUAAAAGAGAUUACAGUGCAUUAAAGUGAAUUGAUAAUGAGAGAGUGCCACCAUGUGGUGACAUUCAUUUGAUUAACCAAUGAUUAAUGGGGUUACUACAACAAUAAAAAAAAAAAAAUACAUUUUACUGACAGUUUUGUUUUGCAUUCUUGAUUUGAUUUG